CCCUGAAAUACAAAACAUCAAAACCCAAGAAGCGUUGCUGCUUAAGAUUGUUCUUUUAUUUGCCGGUUGAUUCUCUUUGACUGAAUUUGCAGAAUGUCUCGUCGUCGAAGAGACUCCAGCGAUGAGGAAGACGUUGGUCAUUCUGCAAGAAAGCGCAGAAGGGGAUCAGAGAAUAUAGACAUUGAAGAAAGACUGGAAUCCCUCAUUACACGAGUAGGAGAAAAGAGUACUUCUUCUCUGGAAAGUAACUUGGAAGGACUAGCAAGUGUGUUGGAGGCAGAUUUGGCGAAUUAUAAAACAAAGAUAAUGAGGAUUUUAUGUUCAUGUGUUGUUAAGCUUCCAGAAAAGAUGGCCGUCUAUACCACUUUAGUUGGACUUCUGAAUGCCAAGAACUAUAACUGUGGUGGAGAAUUUGUAGAAAUGCUAAUAAGAAAUCUAAAGGAAUCCUUGAAGACAGGAGAAUAUGACAAUGCAAAGUUGAUUGUUCGAUUUUUAGCUGAUUGUGUUAACUGUCACGUAAUUGUAGCUGGUUCCCUCCUCUCCAUGUUCGACAACUUCAUAGAAGUAACACUGGAGGACAACAUUCCUCAGGUGCGAUCUGAUUGGUAUGUGUAUGCAGUAAUGUCCGCCCUACCCUGGGUUGCUAAAGAACUGCAUGAAAAGAAAGAAGCUGAAUUCAACAAACUCCUAUCAACCAUUGACAACUAUAUCAGCAAGAGACAAAAGAUCCAUGUCCCGGCACUGAGAGUGUGGACAUCUGAUUUUCCUCACCCCCAGGAGGAGUAUCUGGAUUGCCUCUGGGCCCAAAUCAAGAAUCUGAGGGCCAACAAAUGGUCAGAGAAACAAAUAGUGCGGCCGUACCUGGCCUUUGAUGGAGUGUUAUGUGAGGCUUUGCAGCACACUCUUCCCCAGAUUAUACCCCCCUCACACAACGAAGAAACUACCUACCCCCUCCCCAGGGUCGUCUUUAGGAUGUUUGACUACACAGAUGUACCUGAGGGUCCUGUGUUACCCGGGAGCCACUCCAUUGAGAGAUACUUGAUUGAGGAACAGAUUGACAGGAUACUCCGUACAAACUUUACAGAGCGCAAGGAUUGUGCUGCAGCAUUACUCAGCUUUCCUUCUAAGAACAAGAUUCCCCUGAAUUACAUGAUUGUAGAGGUGAUGUUUUCUCAGCUGUUUCUACUGCCAGUGCCCCCCUACCUAGAGAUCUUCUAUGGCUCCCUACUGAUUGAACUCUGUAAACUACAGCCAGGAUCCAUGCCCCAAGUCUUAGCUCAAGCCACAGAAAUGUUGUAUGAGAGAAUUGACACCAUGAAUGUGACUUGUAUUGAGAGAUUUUCUAAUUGGUUUGCCUACCACUUGAGUAACUUCCAGUUCCGCUGGAGCUGGGAUGACUGGUCCACCUGUUGUCAGAUGGACCCAGAGUUACCCAAACCAAAGUUUGUGAAGGAAGUGCUUCUCAAAGCCAUGAGAUUAUCAUACCACCAGAGAAUGGUCGAAACAGUGCCAGAGAGCUUUGAAGCCUUGAUCCCUGAGAAGCCUCACUCUGAGUUCAAGUAUGAGAAGGAGGGGGCGGGGUCCAUGCCGGGGACCAUGGUGGCCCAUCAGCUGAUCUCCGCCAUCAAGUCCAAGUGUACCCCCGAGGAAGCCAUGGUGCUGCUCAAGGAUCUCCCCAACCCUCUGAGUGAGGAAGAGAGUGACCCCACCUAUCAUCCACUCAGGAUUGAUGUCUUUGUCUCCGUCUUACUUCAUCUCGGCAACAAAUCUUUCAGUCAUUCAUUUGCAGCCAUAGCCAAAUUCCAUCACAUUUUGAAGCUUCUAGCUGACACAGAGGAGGGACAGAUCUGGUUACUUCGUACAAUGUUUGAGGUCUGGAGCUCACAUCAACAGAUGAUGGUAGUGCUUGUUGAUAAAUUACUGAAGACCCAGAUUGUGGAGCCAUCAGCUGUUGCUAAUUGGUUGUUUUCCAGUGAAAUGCAGCCAGAGUUUACAAAAUUUUAUGUUUGGGAGAUCAUGCAUGCAACAAUUAGGAAGAUGAGUAAGCAAGUAGACAAACUACAACAAGACGUGGAGGAUGCCAAGGAUAAACUGGAUGCAGCCAAGAGAAAGCAAGCAGAUGGUUUGAUGGAUGAUGAAGAUGAGGAGAUUCCUACUGAUGACAUCAUAGAGAGAAUGGAAGAGAGGCUUGAGGCAGCUCAGAACCAACAAAAACGCUUGUUCCUGAUCAUAUUUCAGAGAUUCAUAAUGAUUUUGACGGACCAUUUGGCAAAGUGUGAAGGAAACAGCAUUGAUUACAAUACACCUUGGUACAAAUGGGUAAUUGAACGAUUGCAACAAAUCUUUUUACUGCACCAUGAAUUGGUUUUUAGAUACAUCAGCACCCUGGAGUCUCUUUUAUUUACAAGUGACAUUGACUUUCAUAUUUUGGAAAUAUUCCAACAGUUUUGUGCCCUUCGUUCAUAACUUGGCCAUGGUAUCUUUGCAACAAGAAAUGAUGAAUAAUGUGGUUAUUCCUCGAUUAUGGAUUUGUGAAUGAAUAUUAAAAUUUCGUAGAUUAUCAUAUUUUCCUGCUUCAAGACAUCAUUGUAAAUCAGGAAUUAAAACAUGGAUUUCUUCUGAUGAAUGAUAUAAAGUUAAUGUACAUUUACAAAUUGGUUGCUGUCCAACAACUUUGAGGCUUAUUUCAAAAUACAUGUACAAAUAUCGAAAGGCAGUACAUGUACAUGUAAUUUGCUGUCUCCCAUGGAAUAUGUGUUAAACACUGUCAUGAUACUUGAUAAGGAAGAUUUUAAAAGAUGUUAUAUAUAAAUCAACUUCCAUGCUUUUUACUACUAAAUUUCAUUAAAUACAUUAAAAUUUGUAAGUGCAGCAUUUGAAACAAUGUCAAAAAUAUAUCAAUAAAUUCAUUUUAUAUCAUGAAA